GGCCAAUCUUCGCCGCAAUUCGAGCUGACUCUUCGUCAUCGAAAACCUAACCCACCACCACUACACUCUCGCAAUCAACUCCCAAAACGCUGCGUUUUUGGAUCUUCUCUAUGGGCUCUUCACGAGAUUCGAGCUUCUCUGUUAAUUUAAUCCAAAUUAAUUAAUAUGAAAUGGUUAAAAUUAACUCCAAAAGAUUAAACUCCACGGUUUCCCAGCUCAAAAGUUGCCUCUGCGUGAGUAAUUUUGUGAAGUUUUGAGAGGGGCAGAGGACCUUUUUGAGUGUUUCCGAAGUUUUAGCGGGAGAAAGUUGAGUUUUUGAUUGGUUCGGAGGGCGAAUUUUUCCGGGUUUGUGAGGUUUUAGUGAGAGAAAGUUCAGUUUUGAUGUUUUUAGAGAGAGAUUUUGUGGGCCUGUGAAGAUGCAGUGUGGGAUGGUUUAAUUUUUUUAUGUUUUUGGAGAGAAGCUUUGUGGGUUUGUGCAGAGUCUUAGUGAGAGAAAGAUGUGAGAAUCAGGUGAAGUUUUAGUGAGAGAAAGUCGUCUUUUUUAAGUGGUUUAGAGACGGGGAAUGGUGGGUUUUCAGGAAGAGAGUUUUUCUUUAUUUAUUUUGCUUUUAGAGAGAGAAAAAUCUUGGAGUCUUUCUGAAGUUUUUAGUGAGAGAAAGUUGUUUCUGCAUAAUAAAUUUAUAGAGAGAAAAAUGGAACUGUUUGUGGAGUUUUGAGAGAGGAACUUCGACGGAUGUCUCGGUGAGGGAAAGUUCUUGAGAAUUUUCUUUCAGAAAGAAAGAGGAAUUUUCAUCAGAGCUUCAAAUCCAAGUAGGCCCAAGCUGAAAACAUCUGGGGAAGAAGAGAAAGAACCGAAAAUUGGUGGAAAGAAAAUUCAAAGAUUUCCCUGUUAAGGAUGGUGAACUUGUGCUUUCCAAAAUGUAGACUGCUAAGGGUAAUGGGCCCGCUUCAAAUUAUAUUGGGAGGCCUUGUUAUAAUUGUAAGCAUAUCUAGUCUCUUCAGGUUCUACUCCGCCGGGUUUUUCCUGCACAAUGAAGAUAUUUGUCGCCAUUUCUAUGGCUUCAAGGAAGAUUAUGAGGGCUUUGAUAUCAAGGCGUUGUCCGCACGGGUUGAGGAAGUACUAGCCCAGAUGGAAAGUUUACAGAACAAGCUUGAAUCGACAGUACAACAGAUGGAGAAGAACAAGGAGUCUAUGACUGCCAACAUUUCAAAAACUGAAUAUAAAAAGUUCUUGGAGGAGGAGGUGAUUCAGCCCCUUUACAGUGCUCACAUUUCUCUCAGACAGAUUCGGUUUCCCAGGGCUGAAGGGAUUGGGAAUGCGACGAUUAAGGAGGAGCCCUUGAUCAAUUCCUUUGUAGUUGAAGAGAUUCGGAAAUAUAUAACCCCGAAGGAGAACAGGCUUGGGAAGAUCAAUUUUUAUGGAACAGGGAAGGUAUACAACACUAUAGGACAUGCUUGUGUGCUAAUGAAGAAGGAAUUGGAAGAGUACAUGGACUAUGAUAUUGGGUCGUAUUGUAAAGAUGAUUGGAAUCAAGCCCAGAAGCUCAUGAUCAACGGCUGUGAUCCAUUGCCCAGAAGGCGGUGCCUGACAAGGGCAUCGAAGCUCUAUCUUGGGCCGUAUCCAAUCAAUGAGUCUCUCUGGAGAAUACCAGAUGGUAGAAAUGUAAGGUGGAGUAACUAUCAGUGCAGGAACUUUGAAUGCUUAUCGAGCAAGAAUCCGAAGAGGGGGUAUUCAAAGUGUGCUGGGUGUUUUGAGAUGGAGAAGGAAAAGCUUAAAUGGGUGACCAACAGCUCACUGCCUGUAGAUUUCUUGAUAAGGGAUGUUCUGGGAAUCAAGCCAGGCGAGAUCAGGAUAGGCCUGGACUUUGGUGUUGGUACUGGGACUUUUGCAGCAAGGAUGAGGGAACAGAAUGUUACUAUCAUCUCAACUGCUCUCAAUCUUGGGGCUCCUUUCAGUGAGACAAUCGCACUUAGGGGCCUGAUUCCUCUGUAUGUGACACUGAAUCAACGGCUCCCCUUCUUUGAUAACACCAUGGACUUGAUUCAUACAAGUGGGUUCAUGGAUGGCUGGCUGGACCUGCAGCUGAUGGACUUCAUCUUAUUCGACUGGGAUCGGAUCUUAAGGCCUGGAGGGUUGCUAUGGAUCGACCGGUUCUUUUGUGACAGGAAGGCUCUGGAUGACUACAUGUACAUGUUUCUGCAGUUCAGGUACAAAAAACACAAGUGGUCUAUUUCUCCCAAAUCAAGAGAUGACGUUUUUCUUUCUGCAUUGCUGGAGAAACCUCCAAGAUCCCUAUGAUCAUACAGUGUUAAUUGCCUUUUCCUUGUUUUUAAUGAUCUUAAGCUAUGAACACCAACAUAUUUUCUUGUGACUUGUACUCUCAAAUGUUAUCUCAAGUGUUUAUAUACAGAAUUUUCCUGCA